GGGUUCAGGAAUUCUCGUCAAUUGUCAUCUAAGUGCAAUUCAAAUUUUUAAAGAUUGCUCUUGAGUUAAUUUUGACAACUAUAAUGUAGUGGGAUUGUUGUCCUUUUUAUUACUUAGGAUUCUGUCUCAUCUUUGAAAACCAAACGUGUUGCUGAGACUGUCAAAAAAGAGAGCAGCAGUAGUGGGGAAGAUUGGGAUGAUAGUUCUGAAGAAAGUUCAGAUGAUGAACCUUCAAAACAGCAACAAGCUAAGAAGGAUUCCGUCCCAUCUUCAAAAACUAAACCUGUUGCUAAGAUUGUCAAAAAAAGAGAGUAGCAGUAGUGAGGAAGAUGAGGAUGAUAGCUCUGAAGAAAGUUCAGAUGAUGAACCUUCAAAACAGCAACAAGCUAAUAAGGCGAUUCAAGCAUCUAAAAAGAGCAAUAGCUCUGACUCAUCUGAGGAAUCUUCUAAUGAGGAAAGUGAAGAUGAGGAGCCACUUAAGACUCCGAAGAAGGAUAACGAUGUUGAGAUGAAGGAUGCUAGUGUGGUUAGUGCUGAAAAACAAAGUGCUACGAAGUCUGAAAAGAAAACGAAUCAAGCACCUGGAUCUCGAACAGUAUUCAUUGGAAACUUGUCCUAUGAUGUUGGACAGGAUGGUGUGGCUGAAUUCUUCAAAACAGAAGGGGAAGUUGUUGAUGUGCGUCUGACUACAGCAGAAGAUGGAAGCUUCAAGGGAUUUGGUCAUGUUGAAUUUGCUACUGAGGAAGAUGCUAAGAAGGCACUUGAAUUGAAUGGCAAUGAAUUAUCUGGUCGUGGUGUUAAGACUUCUGGGACAGCUAGUACAGGGAAGAAGACCACUUUUGGUGACGAUUAGAAUCUUCGCUGACGGUCAAUUUUGCCUACUUGUGGUGACUUGUAUUUCAAAAUGUAUUUUGAUUUUUAUACCAGCGACAUCUUCCAAGGAAUAUGAUAAUCAUAAUUUUAAUUUAAAAGGUUAAUAGAAGCACAUUUUGGUAGACAGCAACCCAACAACCUUUGCAUUCUAGUUGUAAACUGAAGUAAGACCUGCAAUCUCCUGCCAAAGAAUGAUGUUACUGAUAGGGAGGCGAUGAGACUUGGAGGCUCCUCCUCGUCUUCCUCUUCUGCAGAAACUGCUGCAGUGAUCGCUUCAUCGAAGGCCUUUGGUUCAGCAACAGCGACGGCACCACUGUCACCAUUGCCAUAGAUGAUGCUGUUGUGUUUGAUCCGCAAGGGACUUGCAAACGUUCCAAUGUAUCACUGCUCUUGUUAUCGUUGUUUUUGAUUUCCACCUCCAUCUCCUUUGCCAUGCUUAUAAUAGCUCUUG